ACGAAGCGAAACCGAUAUCGCAAACUGAGAAGUUACUAGAGACUGCCGGCAAGUUCCAUAUACCUCCCCCUGUACUAAACUCUACCCAGGCAGAGUGUGGGUCUCAGCCACCGGGACAACAUACAUGCACUGAGUAAUGCCAUUAUUAGCAACGUUCAUAAGGGCAACAGAUAGUUUGUGAAGAGGGGAACUUCCUCGUUGUGAUCUCUCAGACUGAGCAGCCGGUAGGAGCCAGCAAGAAGACAUGCCACCAAAACAGAAGUCCAAGUCCUGGGCUGAGCUGAAACAAGCUGGCAAUGAAUGUUUCAAGACAGGCCAAUAUGGCGAGGCCACAAAUCUCUACAGCCAGGCAAUCAAAGCGUUGGAGAAGAACAGUAAAAGGAAUCCAGAGGAUUUGGCCAUUUUGUAUUCAAACCGUGCAGCCAGCUACCUGAAGGAUGGCAACUGUGGGGAAUGUGUGAAAGACUGCAAUAUGUCUCUGGAGUUAUCCCAGUUCAAUGUGAAGUCUCUGCUUCGUCGUGCUGCUGCCUCCGAAGCUCUGGAGCGUUAUAGGCAAGCUUACGUAGACUACAAAACUGCUCUACAGAUUGACUGCAACAUAGCAGCAGCUCACGAUGGCACCAACAGGAUGACAAAGGCACUCACAGAGACAGACGGUCCGUCAUGGAGAGAAAAGCUUCCUCCCAUUCCCACAGUUCCUCUGUCUGUGAAGGAAAAACUUGCCCAAAAGUCUGCAGGCAAUGUCACCCAACAAAGUCCAACACCUCAGCAGAAUGGCACAACGCAAACAAAAAAACCUGCUCCCAGUGAUAAAGAGAUAAAGAAAGCUCAGGCCUUAAAAGAAGAAGGCAAUGCCCUGGUGAAGAAAGGAGAGCACAAGAAGGCCAUAGAGAAGUACAGCCAGAGCCUCAAACACAACCCUACAGAAGUCACCACCUACACCAACCGGGCGCUGUGCUACCUGUCAGUGAAGCAGUACAGAGACGCCAUCAGAGACUGUGACGAGGCGCUGGUGAUUGACAGCAACAAUGUCAAGGCUCUCUACAGGAGGGCUCAGGCUCACAAGGAACUCAAGGACGUCAGAGCCUGUGUGGACGAUCUGAACACUCUGCUGAAAGUGGAACCAAAGAACUCGGCCGCCUUGAAGCUCCUGCAGGAAGUGCAGAAGAAGAAAUGAGGACAGGUCAGGGACUAGAGGCAGCAGUAAGGAUGUGUCACUGCUCUGAGUGCAAGAAGCCAAAGUCAUCUUUUUUUUAUAAGAAUCAGUUGGUGGAGAAUAGCAGAACAGUGACAUGAUUCUACUGUCUGUGAGUCCAAGACCAGGCCCGUGUUUCCCAAAACUCCUUCACUGAAUUCCUGUUUGAUGUGUUUACUCUCACUUGAACAGACAUGAAGUUGGUCUCAAGGUGCUUGUAGAAAACCACAUCAGCUCUGGAUACUUAGAAAUGAUGUUGGAAUAGGAAUGAAGCAGCCUUGGAAAUAUUUCUUUUACCACUUUUAGCUUGUCAGUUUCCAAUCAUCCAGUAUUUAUGGUUAUUUAUUUUACUCACACACCUCAACCUGGUUCUGAGAAUAAACGUUUACCAUCGUCAUUUGUAAAACUUGAGCAGGCAGUCAGCUAUCGUGACGCUCCUGCUGGGUGCCAGAACUUAAAUUUGAUGUUAAUGUAUGUUUUGACAAAUAAAUUUACCUCAAGGGUAUGCACCUAAGGACUUUUCCAAGACAAAAAACUAUGAUCAUAUUCAAACCCUGUGAAACAGGUCAGUCAACAAGUUUACUUUGCUGAUGCAAAAUCUGAGAUGCAGCUGAAUUCUCCAAAAAAUAAGCCAAGUUGAAUCAGACAUGACAUAGAAAUCUGAGAGACUACAGGAAUAGCAAAGAGGGUGGCUCUGUGGGUAGGGUUGGCGCUUACUAUCGGAGCUUGAGUGUCAUGGUACCACUACAUGGCCAUAAAUGACAUGAGGAAGGCAAAAAAAUGCCUUCAUAUUAGCAGGCUGAGGUCUUUUAGGUAACCAUGGAUAAAAUAUUAUCUUAAAGUUUGAUGAAUCCAAAAAGUUUUGACAGAAACUGAAAGAGUUUUUCCUUAGAAAUCAGUUGCUGUUGAGAAGCCCACUUUAGAGUUAAAUCACAAAGCUUCUGUAAACACUGGUGAUCAUAGACGUUAAGUUUCAAGGUAACAGCCAAUUCAGAUGUUUUCACUCUCAGGUAGUGUACUUAUUUAUCCCAUGUUUGGAGUACAUGUUUCUGUUUCUAGGUCCUUUGAUAUUUAUAAUGUCCAUGCCAUAUAGGAUAGCUUGCAUAGAUUUCCUCAGUAGAGUCUGAUCUAGUUAACUUGUGAGGCAGUCAUAUGCCUGCAGAGCUGUUUGUGUGAGAGUUCAAGUAGCAAGCCUUUUGCAGCAUAUCACUACAGUAUGUAUGCUUUGGAUUUAAUUUCCUGGAAUAAAGGAAAACGUUUCUUUGGCAUUUCUUCUUAAUUACUCCGAUGUAGGAAGGUGUAGUGAUGCUGCAGAUUUUGAUGUCAACAAAAGAAUUGCCUUUUUGUUUUUGUAGGCCAGCCCAGAAGUUCGUACUGCCCCGGUUCCUUCAGCCAAAACGUGAUUCGGACUUUCCCAGGAAGUAGGCUCAGUGGGGAGUAAAAUUUUGUAAUACCUGUACGUUUUGUACAGAAUGAUGAUCUUUAAAAAUUCAUGAUAUGUUUGUGCUUUAAGAAUAAGCAGUUGCGAGCUGUAAAAUGUUAAUGUUAGGACACAAACCAAGGGUGUUCAACUCAUUGUAGUUAAAGGGCCACAUAUGGCGCAAUUUGACCUGCAGUGGUCGAGAGCCACUGAUAAAUUACAUUAGCUGACCUGCUAAAGAUGUGAAGUCUGUAAAUGUUCCAAUGUUUUAAUGAGCCAUCAGUUUUAACGAUAGUAUUUUAGUUCACUGCUUUUGAUCCAUGCUGGUAUCUCAGCAGUGCGUUUUAUUGAUAAAAAUGUAGUUGUUAUUGAUCGAACUGUCACCUGACAUGUAAUGGGUGUGUUGGACCCAUGUUUGACUCACUUGCUAUAAACAAACCUCACCAAGGUUGCUUCUAACUUUAACGUCACACCACUAGGCUGUUAUGGGGCAUGUGAGAGCGUAGAAAUUCUCAGGUGGCCGUCACCUCCUUGCACAUUUUUUACAAGCCAAUGAAAGACUUGUUGAACGGGCUGUUUGAUGGACGAGUCUUACUGGAUUUUUGAAACCAUGAAGGCUUCGAUGGUGACGACUCAAGAAAAGCUUAACUGAACAAAGUAUGAAAAUCUGUUAACCGCAGACCUUUUUUGAACAUCUAAAAAAGAAUAAAUAAGAUAAUACAUUUAAAAAAACAAACAAAAAAUGCACUGACUUUAAGGCAAGUGAAGUGGAAAUAAAACAUACCAACUCAUUUCCAGGUUGUAAGACUUGUGCAGUCUGUUUAUGGUUCAAAUUAUAACUAAGAGCGGAGUCCUUCUCUGGUUAUCUGCAUAUAUUAUCUCUGUCACCUAUUGGACACCACAUUCUUACUACUUUGCUUCAUUUCAUUUCUCUGUCCCAAGUGAGAGAGGUUGGCUUGGUACUUUAGCUUCGGAACGUCGACUUGUUCCCCUUCUCUUGACAUAUGCAGUAUGUGAACCAAGUAGUAGUGUCCUCACACGGGUCCUUAUGUACAAAGUAUUGCCUCAUUCUGUGAACUUUCUAUUUCAUUGUAGAUAGAGUAAAAUUUCUUAUUAACUUGCUGUAGCUUAGCAUCUCCAUCCUGACUAAAGUGCCUGUGUCCAUCUUUCAUCUGCUGAAGCUAAAAUCAUGUUUUUUGUUUCAGUGACAGCACCUCCACAUGUAUAUCAAGUUAUUCAUUCAGGGAAACUUUGAAGCACAUCUAUGCUUGAUCCUUUGUUUUAUCUCACUGUUGUUUUUGCAGUUUGUUAUUUUAGUUUUGU